CAUAAAUAAAAAAUGGAAAUACUUUUCAGAAGCUGCGUUUAUUUGUAUCGCAAUAAAAUAUCUGAGAGAAAUAUUUUUUUCUUCUAAUACUAGGUACUAGUAAAGAGAAAACUAGCACGUACUAUAGAGUCUACACCUACACACCACGAAUAUAUCUGCUCCGUUUACGGCUGUGUUGCUCGGUAAAUAAUGUUUUUGUAAUGUAACGAAGACACAAAGUGAUUCACGCGGGUGAAGAUUCGAGGAAAUUCAGAAGAAUUUUGGCGGAGAUGAUACUUGGCAUCGUUGGUCGGCUCACUGAAAGAUAACAUCGCGAAAAUGACACCCAAACGGAAGACAACCAGUUCGGAAUCUACAUCAUCGUCCAGCUCGGGUUCUUCCUCGAGUAGCUCAUCGAGUUCAGGCAGCGAAUCUAGCUCAUCCGAUUCGGAGAAUUCCAGUAGUUCCGCCAAUAGUCAGAAAGCAUCCGAUACAGAAAGAACCAAGAAGAAAGCACCAUUUCCAGUCACUCGCCAUGUCAAAUCCAAAGCUGAAACAGUUUUCGUGCCACCUUUGGAUAAUAAAAAUAAAGACAGACAGCCGCAGAAGCCUAGACCAGUAUACUCCUCUGAAUCUGAAGAAUCACCCAGCAAAGCAAAAUCACCGCAAAAGAGAAAACCACCAGCUAAACCAAAAGCCACUGCUACCGUAGCACCAGUUGUUAAAAGAUCUCCCACGAAACCAGUACCAACAUCAGUAGGGCAGCAUAAAGCCACAGCUGCUUUAAAACCUGUUAAUAGCAAGCCCAACAAAUUUGUCGGUGCCACGAGUGCCAAUGGCAAAUCUCCCGAGAAAUCUGGAAAGGCAACGGAACCGGUUCAGAAGAAGUUAAAGAAGAAAAGUAUAUUUAGUCCAGAAAAUAGUAGCGAAAGUGACAGUGGUAUCUUGACGAAAGUUAACACAGUCAAACCAACGAGCGGUUCCGCAAAAUGUACCAAGAAUCCUCCGGCUAAAGCAAAAUUAAAUGAUACCAAGCAAAAACCUGCAACAACAAGGCAACUUGUCGCAAAACUCACGCAACAAUCGCAGAAAUCGGACAGUUCCGCGAGCUCAAAGAGCUCCGGUGGCUCAGCAUCUUCCGGUAGUACAGACAGCAGCACUGAUUCGGAAUCAUCUGAAAGCGUCACCAGCUCUCAACCUCAACCGAAAAAGAAGGAAACACAGCCUAGCAAUACGAAUGCUAUAGCAACCGUGCCACCUAAGAGACCAUCGGCGGCAGUCGCUCCGGUAAAAUCGCAAAAAACUGUUACUAAACGACAAGGCGCUGUAAAGAGCGACGAUGACGGAGAUGCAUCUGCGAGUGAAAAAGAGGACGAAGGAGCAUCGGUUUCAAAAACAGUACCGAAAGGCAAGCGAAAGCUGCAAACGCGCAAAGGAAGUAAAUUGCUUCAGCUACAAACGAAAGCAGUCAGCGAUUCCGAAUCUGACACAGGUAUGGAAACGGUAGCGUGUAAGCGUAUCCUACAGAUUGCGCUAACUCGGUGUGAUCUGUCAAGAGUAGCCGAGAGCAAGAGGAGUACGAGUAAAUCGCCUGUUAAACGAGCCGGACCGUCCGCUGCAGCCAGACAAGCCUCCUCCGGAGCCGGGAGAUCGACGCAGAAUAGCGCCUCUAAUACUAGUACAAGAACAAAUCAGGCUCCUUACAAUCGAGCACGAGCUACUACGAAGGAGCGUGAAUGUCCGCUGGCAUCUUGCGACUCGCGGGGUCAUCUCUCUGGAAAACUCGACUCGCACUUCACCCUGGAGGCGUGUCCACUAUAUCACAAUACCACUCCACAAGCUUGCGUAGAAUUUUAUAAAGAGAGAAAAAAGCGAGAGGAUGAACGCAAGAAAGCUGUAACGAAUUUAGCUAAGAAACCUAAGGGUGUUCAUCAAACUACUGAGCAGCGCAAUUAUCAACUUAAAGUGCGAGAGAUGAGAAACAAGUGGAAGGGUAGCACUGGUGACGGUAACGAAAGCGACAGCGGCGGUGAAUUACAGGGAAACGAGAAAGACAGACAACCUCGGUUGACCAAUCUCACGCCUGAUUAUGACCUGAAACUGUUUAUGGAAGCCCAAGCGAUAGCCAGCGAGAAAAUCGAAAAGGAAUUAAAAGAAUUGGACUAUGAUGGCGAAGGUAGAAAUGGCGGUGGCACACGAGUCGUCGAAAUGGGGAAAUGGGAAAUGGAAGUUUGGUAUCAAAGCCCAUAUCCUGAGGAGUACAGUCGUGCUCCGAAACUUUACCUUUGCGAAUAUUGCCUGAGGUACGCGAAGAGUCGUCAAGUGUUGAGGAGACACAGAGAGAAAUGUUUAUGGAAACAUCCACCAGGACACGAAGUGUACAGAAAGGACAAGAUAGGAGUGUGGGAAGUGGAUGGUAAGCGGUAUAAACAGUAUUGUCAGAAUCUCUGUUUGCUGGCCAAAUUCUUUCUGGAUCAUAAAACGUUGUACUAUGACGUCGAGCCUUUCCUGUUUUACGUCAUGACAAUCGGCGAUUCCGAAGGCUGCCACACCGUCGGCUACUUUAGCAAAGAGAAGAACUCCUUCCUUAAUUACAACGUGUCCUGCAUCCUGACGCUGCCGCCUUACCAGAGGCAGGGUUACGGCCGGCUCCUCAUCGAUUUCAGCUACCUGCUGACGAGGGUCGAAAAGAAGAUCGGCUCGCCGGAGAAACCGCUGUCGGAUCUCGGCCUAAUCUCGUACCGCAGCUACUGGAAGGACGUGCUGCUCCAGUACCUCUGCAAUUUCGGCGGCAAGGAAAUUUCCGUCAAAGAUAUCAGCAAGGAAAUGGCCAUCGACUCGUACGACAUUGUCAGCACUUUGCAGGCCCUCGGCAUGAUGAAGUACUGGAAGGGCAAGCACAUCAUUCUGAAGAAACAGGACGUGAUCGACGACUACAGGGACAGGCUCCUGAAGAGACGGGGUCCCGUCUACAAAGAGAUCGAUCCGGAGUGUCUGAAAUGGAACCCCUUCCAACCACCCAAGACGCCCUCCGCCUCGAACUAAGACCCGCCGGAAGCUUGAAAGUGCGCCACCUUCUCUCUCUCACCCUUCGAGUUCCUCUUCACGGUCGAUCCUGCCGUCGUCGUCGUCGUCGUUCUCGUCUUCGGCCUUCUCGCCGACGUACAGGGAGAGCACCGACAGAUCCGCGAGAAAAUUCUUCCAGGAACUCCUUCAUUCCGAAGAACGGAGAAGAAACGACCGGUGAGUUCUAUCGCAUUCUAUCGACGAUACCGUUAAAGCUCGCCGCAAGAGAGGCAAAACUCACACCUCGUGAUUUUAAGAGCGUCGUUAUAUGUUGCGAGGCUGAAUUUAUAAGCCCGAAGGUGCCUUCUCACACGCAGCAUGCUGCAGCGGCAAAUCAGUCACGUGAUUAAAAUUUAUUAGAGCAUGUAUUUCUUUCUCUCAUUAUUUCAGGGUGAAAAUCACGAUUUUUGCUUUUAUAUUCUCAUAAUAAUCUAUUUUAUUCUUAAAAAAUCGAAUAUUUUUCUAAUAUAAUAACAAUAAUUAGAAUGAACAGCAACAAACUGCUGCGGCAGUAUGCUGCACAUGAGAUGGUACCUUGAUGUAUAUUUUUUAGAAUGCGCUGAAGAUUUUUUAAAUUUUAUAUCAUUCAGAAGAGUGAAGCUCUCUCUAUCGACAUUUAUAUUUAAAUCUUUUGACACAUUUCUCGAAGAAUCAUUUUGAAAGAGAUCUAUUUUCAGCAGAACUUUAAAUGCAUACGCGUAAACUACUUUUCCCAUUUAAUAUGUAGAACAAAUGAAUCAUGUGUAAAAGAUUCGCUCUCGAGCCGUGUAAAUAUGAAUAUCGAAUAAAUAUGUAAAUAUAUAUAGCGAUUCGAAUUUAAGCUACGCGGCGCAUAUCGAUCUGCAAUUGUACAUUUAAUUUCGAUGCGGUAAAAAUGCAGGGUUUCUCGCUCGGCGAUAGAAUGGCGGAUGGUGCAUGAAAACGUCGGUUACAUCAUAAGAGCGCAUAAGAGAGGCCCCGUAUAUGCACCGCAUGCAUGCAUAGAGGAGCGUAUCCCUGAACCGGCGGCGCUCCUUCGUCGCGUCGAUGCUGCGCCGAGUUCGUUGGUGCAUCGACCUUGGCAUCUCUCUCAUUGGCGCAACCUCGUUGGUGCAGUAAGUUGCAUAACGGCGGAGAACCGCGUUAACGCGCCGGUGGCGCAUCGAUCAGAUUGCGUCGAAUGCGCGGGGCCACUCGGGCGAGAACUUCCGGUUUCGCGAAUUUCACGAAAGAGACCUCUCGUCGACGGACUUUUACUCUGCUAUGAAGAGAAAAAAAAUCUUUUUUUUUUUUUCGAUGACGUGACACGUCGCAACGUCGUGAAUCAACGUACGUAUAUACAUAUAUGCGCAUAUUUAAUUUCUGUCUCGCGGAGGUUGCGCGAUUUCUCAAGAUUCUGAAUCUCUGACGCGGGGUUUUAAUUAUUCGUCAUUAAAUUGUCUUUGUAUAACUGAUGCCAACAUGGAAACGAGGGAGGCGAACGGAAAUUUUCUUCGUUUAAUAUUCGCGCACCGGGGAAUAAUUUCGUCGUUAAAAUACAUCCGACUCUACUGCAUCGCGGCCGCAAGACGUAGGCACGAGAGAUACGCUAUUGAUCGGUCUACCAAGGUGCAAUGCUUGGCUGCAGAACGAGAGAGAGAGAGAGAGAGAGAGAGAGAGAGAGAGAGAGAGAGAGAGAGAGAUGUGCCAACGACGCAGAGAGGCCUCGACGGCGACGACCGAGCAAAUGUGAAAAUAACUUGAAAGGUAUCGAUUCAAGGUCAUACGCGAGUUCAAUUUAAAUAUGUUUCGUGUCCUCCGGACAUAUAGUGAUACUGGCUGCCGGCGAAUGGACUUGAAUGGUCAAACAUGGUCGGCGACUGGAAUAAAAAAUUCCGACAGCUCUGUCACGCUUCUGGAAAUUAUCGCGAAAUUAUAUUUAUUAUACCGCGUCGAGAGAAAAUAGAUUUUUUUUAUUUUAAUUUCAACUUUAUAUUUUAUGAAGCGCGAAUACUUCUUUACGGUAACUUUUCCGUUAUCGAGAGAUUCUACACAGAAUCUAGGACGGUAGAAAAAUACGCGUUUGAUUACCUUUGCAAAUUUCCUCGUUCAAUUAUCGCUCGGAUAAAUCCAACGAUAAAUGAAAAAUUUCCGCUGACGAUCAUCGAGCACGCGUCGUCGAAGAAAUUGCAUUCUUUUAUUCUUUCCAUUUGUUACGACAAUCUUUUUUAAUGAAGAAAGAGAGAGAGAGUGAUCUCUAUUGCGCGCGAUGCAGGCAACGCAAUUCCGAGACCCUCUUGUAAACGAGCUGCACCGAUUCCAAUUAAUACUUUCCAGAACUGUCGGAACUCUUGUAACUUGUUAGCUUUGUGAAGCGCUGGUGCACUUUAACCCGUUCUAACCGGUCGGACUUUCGCAGUUCGUAUAUACCGAUGAUCAUUUCGGGCCGAGAGAGCUGGCUCGAACAAACUUGCUCAAACUUAGACUCGCGCGAGCUGUCAAACUAUCGAGAGCAUCGCGAGAAACUCUGCGAAUGGCUAAAACGGCGCGUAUCGUUCGACGUCAUGGAGAUCGAGAUCGGCAAUUUUCCAUCUUUGCACGAUUUUAUCACGAGAAGAAUCUCCUUUCGCGAAUCUCAACUUUUACGCGGAUAAAAUAAUUAAUUAAAAUCUACAAAUUAUACGAACGAAGAGGAUAUACUUCUCGCAAAGAAUCUUCGAUCUCCGUGACUCGAGAUCGAUACAUCUUCUUAGUUCGAUCGAUAAUUUCUCUUAACCCUCGAUUAACCACUGUAUACUCGACAUAUUUUUCUACCCCCACGAUUUAUUUAUACAUCGUCGCCACAUGGGUGCGACAUGGUUUUUAUCUUUAAAUUGCGAACGAGAUUUGUAUGCGUGACAGAUAAAUAAUAAUCGGGAUUUCGGUGAUCGGGGGUUAAUGCAGAGAUUUUAAUGUUAUUUAAUAUAUAUUAUAUAUAUAUGUAUGAUUGUAAAUAAAAUAUGAAUAUAUUGAAUGAGAUGACUGCAAUGCGCGCGUAUAUGUAUGUGUGCGUUGGGUAUACCUUUUUGUAAUCGUGUUGUAUCAUCGUCACGUAUCGCGAGAUGUUCGCGCGAUAUAUAUGCAAUAAAGUGUAACAUAAAUCUAUAAUACUACGUAUCCAUUUUCGAUCAUCACGUGUCAUCAUCUUCGUUGAAGCGAGACAAAUCUGUUCUGCAUGACGCAACAAGCGAGAUUUACUCGCUUUUAAUUGUACAGGAUUUUUUUCCAUUUCUUAUAUUUUUCUCUCUAUUAAUAAUAAAAUAACGAUAUAUAUAUAUAUUUCAAUAAAAAUGCAUAAUGAACUUGAUGUCGAAAAUGAUGUUCCUGAUUGACGUCUAACGAUUCAUGCGAUAAGUAGUGAGUCACUUUAUAUUAUAUAUUUUAUUUUAUAUCGAGAGACAAGAUCGUGUCUCGCCCAAUAAUCUAUUGUACAAAGAAUCGUGUCUAUUGCGUCGAUUAAAAAUAAACAUUGCAAUAUAUAUUUAUUACUUGCAAGACAUAUUUUUUUACACACUUUUUAUAGGCGCAAAUAAAAUUGUACAUAUACAUCAAUAAAAGCGAUACAAUUAA